UUCCUCCAUUGAACUUUCCUCCAGUCCCCAGGGGCAGUAUCGGUUGUAAUUGUGUUCUUUCUUUUAUGUGUUGAUACCAAUAAUAACACAGUAAUUCAAUCACAGGGAGUCCAACUGACUGGAGGACUUUGAACACACACAACUGCAGUCUAAUUCACUGAGGAAUUUAAACAGUCAGAGGAUCCUAAAGGGCGGGAAUUAUUUACAUAAGCAUUCAAAGCACAGAGAAGGGGGUGUUUCCGUGUCAUUUUUCCUUCUCUUAGCCUCACCCUUUUCUCUGUGUUGCACUCAGUGAGCUGCAGAGGAAUGAGCACAAUGUGGAAAACAGCAGCGUUUGUGUUCCUGCUGCUGAGCAUGGACAUGCAGGUGAAUGGUGCUGUGGAUAAAACUAAAGGGUCCGUGGCAGACAACUCCAGACCAGAGAAGAAGGUGAAAACAGAAGAGGCUGAAACCACUGAAAACACCCUUGCAGGUGACUCUGCUUCUCCAGGUUUCUUGGGAAAAUUGCUGGUGGUGCCCAUGGAUGGGAGUCACUGGGUGGGUAUGAAUGCAAUAGUCCAAGAAAUGGGUCGCCGUGGACACCAGGUCACCGUUGUGAUACCAGAAGUCAGCAUACGGUUGGGUCCAGCGGAUUUCUACGACAUUGUGACCUAUCCUGUUCCUUAUGAGAAGGCUUAUAUUGAUUCUAUCAUGUCCACACACAAGGACAUGUUGCAGAAAUCUGCACAGUCCUUCAUGGAGAAGAUAAGGAAUAGAUUUGCGCAGAUUCAGAAGAUUACAGGCUUGAUCCACACCACGGCAGAGAGCCUGCUGUUCAAUGACAGUGUGAUCUCACAUCUGGCACAGCAGAACUUCGAUGCUGUCCUAACAGACCCCAUGGUGCCCACAGGCUCAUUAAUAGCACGGAAAUUAGGUCUCCCCACUAUAAAUUUGCUGAGGGGAAUUCCAUGUGGUUUGGAUAUGAAGUCUGCAGGCUGCCCCUCGCCACCCUCAUAUGUGCCCCGCUACUUCACCAGAUACACGGAUAAGAUGAGCUUCAAGGAGAGGAUGUUCAACACUUUGGUUGCUUUACUGGAGCCGCUGCUAUGCAAACUGCUCUACUGGCACUUUGACAACAUAGCCUAUCGUUUCCUGGGAGAGGAGGUGGGCGUAGCUGAAGUGCUGUCGGACUCUGCUAUCUGGCUGCUGAGGAUGGACUUCACACUGGAGUUCCCACACCCACUCAUGCCUAACGUUGUACUAGUUGGUGGAAUAAACUGUGACGUGAGAAAUCCUCUGCCUGAAGAUUUGGAGUCCUGGGUGUCGGGAGAACAUGGGUUUGUGGUGUUCACUCUGGGUACCAUGGUGUCAGAGAUGCCAGUAGAGAUGACAGCUGUCUUCCUAGAAGCCUUUAGACAGAUUCCACAGAAGGUAAUAUGGAGGUACACCGGGCCGGUUCCUGACAGCAUCCCAGAAAAUGUGAAGUUGAUGAAUUGGGUGCCUCAGAAUGACCUGCUAGCACAUCCUGGAGCUCGGGCUUUCAUCACUCACGCUGGCUCCCACGGUCUCUUUGAGGGACUGUGCCACGCUGUUCCCAUGGUGUUGGUGCCAAUUUCGGCAGAGCAGCCUGACAACGCGGCGAGGUUGGUGAGCAGAAAAGCCGGAGUCGUGUUGGACAUUUUUUCGAUCACUACAGAAAACCUUCUUCAGGCACUGAAUGAGGUCAUCAAUGACACCAGGUAUAAAGAGAACAUACAGAAGCUGUCAUCUCUCCAUAAAGACCGGCCACUUGACCCUCUCGACCUCUCAGUGUACUGGACAGAAUUUGUGAUGCGGCACAAAGGGGCCAAACAUCUCAGACCUGCUGUCCAUGACCUCAACUGGUUCCAGUACCACUCCCUGGAUGUAAUAACACUGCUGGUUACUGUGGUGCUGGUUAUUGUAAUAGUGACAGUGAAAUGCUUGAAACUCUGCCUCCGGAAACUGAGCAGGAAGAGGAAGCAGGACUGAGCUGGUACUAUGUUUGCACCUUCAUCUCAGCAACAACACUGUAUAUUAAUGGAGAUUAAAACACCAUCAUUAUUAUUGAAAUAUUAAAGGGUGAUUUCUGUA